UUGGUUCAGUGGGUUAUACAACAUGGACUCAGGUAUCAGGCAAAGGCGUGAGAUAAAUCCGAGAGAGAAGGCGUCGAUUUUAUCUAUUAUUACUUUCUUGUUCACCCAAUUGAAGACCAAUAACAUAAGCUACGCUGCAUCUGAAGGAAGUAAACAUGGAAAAUUCAAAUGGAUAGAAAUGGAAAGAAAGAUUCAAUUUAUCCAACCCACAGCAAUAAGUAUGCUGGUAGCAUAUUUUCAACCCAAUCAACAAACGAUUUCCAAAAGCGACCUUUAUCAAAAUACUGCCUUAGUAAUUGGUCUGAAUUUUCUUACCACUAUUUACAAUCACAACUAUGAGCAAUUCAUCAACGAAAUUGGGAUUAAAGUGAGAACAGCAGUUGCAGCCCUAAUUUAUAGAAAGGCACUGAGGUUGAAACCAGAAUCGUUUUCUGAUAUGACCACUGGUAAAAUAGCUAGUCUUCAAGUAUGCCUACUCAAUAUAUCUAAAUUGGAAAGUAAUUCGGAAUACAUAGACCAAUCUGAUAAUAAGCAAAAAGCAGCCUGGAAUUACGGUUAUCGAUCUGGAAAAUCCACAGUUACUGCCCUAAGUGAUGUUUGUGAUAAAGUAUUGAAGUCUUUCGAAAAACAAGAACACGGUAACGCGAGGUUCUAUGACCUUUCACGUGCCUUCGAUACGGCAAGUCAUAAGAUUAUGGCUGGAAAACUUGAAUACUACGGAAUUAGAGUUGGACAACUGAAUUUAUUUAAGGCAUACCUUGUAAAUAGGAAAGCCAGAGUGCACUGGAAAAAUGAAGUAUCCGAUUUUGUAGCCAAGGAGCACGGAGAACCACAAGGAUCUGAACUGAAAUACCUCACUCCAGUGUACUACCUCAAAUGUUUUAUGCUCAUCGUAUCUUCUCUCGCAUCGAAUCUGGCAUUUUAUCUCCUUCUGAUGACUUACAUUUGGACUGGACACCUGGCAAACGCAGAGAUAAUUUCUUUCAUCCAAGCUAACUUUCAAAGUCUGAGGUCCUACAUUAUUGUUUCUAUUCCGUACGGUCUUGCUCAAGGUUCUGAAGUGAUAGCAUCACUGAAGAGGUUGAACGAAUUUUUAGAUGCAGAAGAAACAGAUGAAAAGGAAAUCACUGGAGGUACUCCAGAAGUGUAUCUGAAUCAUGUUUCCGUGAAAAUCAACGGUGCUACAAUCCUCGAAGAUGUCUCUAUGGCAGUUGAAAAUGGGUUGUUUCUAGUCACGGGUAGCGUUGGUUGUGGUAAAACAUCAUUGCUGAAGAGUAUCCUGCAGGAAAAUGCUGUUGAAAGUGGCGAAAUGUACGUGAGAGGGAGUAUAUCAUAUGCUCCACAAGAUCCUUGGCUUUUUCCUUCAACAAUCAAGCAGAACAUCCUCUUUGGACAGGAAUAUAACGAAGAACGAUACAGGGAAGUUCUGAGAGUCUGCGCACUGAGAAAAGAUCUAGCCAGUUUUGAAAAUGGCGACCAAACGAUCGUGGGUGAUAACGGUGUCAAUUUGAGUAAAGGACAACAGUCCAGAAUCAGCCUGGCAAGGGCUAUUUACAGAAACAGCGACAUCUAUUUACUUGAUGACUGUCUUGCAGCUCUUGAUAACCGUGUGAAUCUAUUCGUUUUCAAAAACUGUAUCAUGGAGUUUUUGAAAGNUUUUAUCAGGGAUUUCAAAUCAUUUUAUAAAAUAUCAGAUAAUGGAAAAUCGGUUAAAACUGAGCCAAAGAUAUCGUCACUAAUACAGUCUAAUUCAACGAAUUCUUCAGAUUACUUUCAAACAGUCGAACAGCGCCAGGAUUAUUUGAAGUUGUAUUGUUUUUCCAUCAUAGGAAUGUCAGUUCUUACGUUCCUCAGAUUUUAUAUAAUCAUAAAAUCUUCUUUAAAAGCCUCAAAGAACCUCCACAAAACAAUGACUCACUCUGUUGUUAACUCAGUCAUGACUUUUUUUGACAACCAUUAUUUAGGAAAUAUCAUCAAUCGAUUUUCAAAGGACCUGAAUACUACAGACGAAAUGCUCCCAGUGAACAUAUAUGAGGUCCUCAGGCCAGAAGUCCGAUGAUAGGAUAUUUGAAUGCAUCUCUAGAGGGAUUGACAAUAGCAAAGGCACAUGAGACAAGAUCUCUCCUCAUUGAAGAAUUCGAUAGACACCAAGAUGUAUACACAUCAGCUUACUACAUGUUGAUAUGUGCCACCAGGGCAUUUGCAUUCAUGAUUGAUUUUGUUGCCUCUGGUUUCCUAGCAGCGGUGAUAGUGAAAAUAAUUUUCAAUGCAGAUUCAGAAGCAGGGGACGUUGGAAUGGUCCUGGGACUCAUAAUGACCGUCUCUGGUACUCUCCAAUGGGCUUUCAGACGUUAUUCGGAGUUAGAAAGUAAUAUGACAGCAGUCGAAAGGAUACUAGAGUACACCGAUAUCAAAACAGAAAACAAAAAGGUGGGACAGAUAAAGGAAAACUGGCCCAACAACGGUAUUGUCGAGUAUCGAAACGUCUCUCUAACAUAUGGUUCGAAGAAACACAGAGUAUUGAAGAAUAUAAGUUUUUCUUUGGCUCCUAGAGAGAAGAUAGGAGUUGUCGGUAGGACAGGAGCUGGAAAAACAUCUAUUAUAUCAACUUUGUUCAGACUUUAUGACAUAGAGGGUAACAUACUGAUUGAUGAAGUGGAUACUAAAACAAUUUCCAUCGAUUAUUUGAGGUCAAAUAUUGCUAUUAUUCCUCAAGAUCCCGUAUUAUUCACAGGUAACAUUCGCUCAAACAUUGACCCAGCUGCAAGGUUCUCCGACGAAGAUAUAUGGAAAGCAAUAGAAAAGGCAAAUCUGAAGCAUAUUUUCCCAAGUCUAGAGGAAGUUAUAACAGAAAAUGGAUCAAACUACAGUUCUGGCCAAAAACAACUGAUAUGCCUUGCUAGAGCGUUAGUCAGCAAUAAAAAAAUUAUCGUGAUGGACGAAGCUACGGCCAGUAUGGAUCCAGAAACUUGCAGGUUGCUUCAAAAAAUCAUAAAAAGUAGUUUUGAUCAUUGUACUGUGCUAACGAUUGCGCACAGGUUGAAUACGGUCAUGGAUUCUGACAGGAUACUGGUUGUUGACCAAGGGGAAAUUGUUGAAUUCGAUACACCUACUGCUCUCUUAGCUGACAAAAACAGUCAUUUCUAUAAAAUGGCAAAACAGCCUGGACUUAUGGAUGCAUGAAAAACUCGGCUGAAUCUAACAAAAUGACAAUUGGUUAUGAGGUUUAUUUUGAAAGAAAAAUGGUGGAUUGUUAUUAUCUUAUACUUUGUCAAUUACUUUCAUCGCUUCUAAAUAUUCUGAACAAUACAACUGAUGAUUUUCA